UGUGUGUCUGUGUACCUGUUUUGUGUGUGCGUGCGUGCCCGCUUUUUCGUGUGUGCAUGUGUGUGUGUGUGCACUGAGCUGGAGCAGACUGUAAACUAGUUCGGGGGCUGAGGUGACUGCUGGAAACCUGUUGCCCUCGCUCCCACCUCCAAUCCAGGCGGCUUAGAAGUGAGUCGCCAGACCCCGGGGCGUUACACAAAAGCGGUCCUCGAGGGAAGGGUCCAUUCAUUGCAGCUUGGCUGUGGGAGGAGAGGAGCCGUCAACGGCUCCAAUUACCCCCUGUCAGCCCGAGCAGUGUCUCCGUCAUCUCCCACUGAGCCUACCCGACUCCCAGUGUUCGCUGGAACAGCCGCCGACCACAUCGCUCAGCCCACCAGCCACGGACAGGGAGUCUCUUCCGCUCACCGGGGUAAAGAGAACCCGAAAACGCCUCGUUCCCGGCACUUCUUCUAAUAGUCCAAGGCUGCCAACUCUCCAGUUGCCAGGAAGCAGAGUGAGAGGGAGAUCGGUGGAGUGAGCAGUGGACUGACCCAUUAACAAAGAAUGACAGAGAAAGGGGCUCUGAAUGAUUCCAGUGCUCCACAGAAGGAGGAACAGCCUGGAUCUCCGAUCCAGAAGCUGAAGUCGCUUUUUCAGAAGAAACAGAAAGAAACCAGCAAAGAGGAAAUCCUCCCGCAGCAGCCAAAUGGCGAGAUUGUGAACACAGGGGGAGGGGUGGUCUAUUAUUACUAUGAGGAGGACGAAGACGAGGAGGACGAAGAGGACAAGGAGGAAUUCCCCCCACCAGAACCACCCAAGCCUGUUAAUGACAAACCCCAUAAGUUCAAAGACCAUUACUUCAAGAAGCCAAAGUUCUGUGAUGUGUGCGCACGCAUGAUUGUCCUAAAUAACAAGUUUGGCUUGAGAUGCAAGAAUUGCAAAACCAACAUCCACCAUCACUGUCAGUCUUAUGUGGAGUUCCAGAGAUGUUUCGGCAAGAUUCCCCCGGGUUUCCGCCGAGCCUACAGCUCUCCUCUCUACAGUAACCAGCAGUUCGCCUGUAUCAAGGAGCUCCUGCCCUUCUCUGUGGCAAAUCGGUCAGACCCCGUCUAUGAGACCCUCAGGACAGGAGUCGUGAUGGCGAACCGUGAGAGGAAGAAAAACUCUGAGGACAAAAAACAUCCUGCGCAAAUGGUUGAUGAAGAACUUGAUAGUUCCAAGCCCGGGGAAGAGCACGGGUCUGGAGGUGGUGAGGCACCAGACAAAAAGGACAAGAGUAAUCCAGAGGAAGCCAAGAACAAAAAGCCACAGCCUGGAAUACGAGGAGGCUUCACCCAGACUCACUACUUUGUGGCCUUGUACAGAUACAAAGCCCAGGAGAAAGAUGAUCUAGAUUUCCAUGCAGGUGACAGAGUGACCGUCUUUGAUGACUCUAAUGAGGAAUGGUGGAAGGGUAAAAUUGGAGAGAAGUCAGGCUACUUUCCGGCAAAUUACAUCAUAAGAGUGCGCGCGGGAGAGCGUGUUCAUAAGGUCAUCAGGUCAUUUGUUGGCAACAAGGAGAUGGGCCAGAUUACCCUGAAGAAGGAUCAGAUUGUCGUGCAGAAGGGAGAGGAGGUCAACGGCUACAUCAAAGUGUUCACAGGCCGGAAGGUGGGAAUGUUCCCCGUUGACUUCCUGGAGGAAAUCUGAGCAUGUGCAAAAGCCAGAAGAAGAAGCCUGGAGAUGGCCACACAAGUGCCCAACCUCUCUGCAUGUGAAGAAACUGUCUCCACCUCGUCCGUGUGGAGGAAACAUAUUUCAUGGUUAUGUCUGAGCCAGUGGGAGUGAAUCUUCUAGACAAAAAUGGAGGACUGUUGCUACAGAGAUCUAAGCAUACCUCAGUGUGUUAGGGAAACUUUAUUUUGAAGAUAAAAGAAUCGCUGAUUUUAUUUGUGUACUUAGGGUAGCACAAAUUUGCCAUCUUGUGUGAGACUUCAGUGUUAAUUUAUGCUUCUUUUUGCAAGAAUUUUGAUGAAAAUAUUUAUGAGGCAAAUGGUGAUUGUAAAUUUGCAUAAUCUAGGCCCGUAAUUUGAAGGGUUUCUGGAAUGUAUUUAUGGUUGGAAUAACAAAGUGAUGGUUUUUUCAAGUAUUGCUUAUUGACGAGGCCAGAGCGGGUGAUUAAAUAAAGAACUACAAUGCCAGGGCCCAAGCCAGAGUUAGGACUAGAACGAGGGCCAGAAGACUUCAUUCAUAGCUAAGUCAGUAGCCUUUACUGCCAAUGUAAGCUCUUGGAGAUUCUGUUCAGGCUUUCUCUACCCAAAGAGUUUCAUUUCCACUUAAACAAUCCUAAUAACUCUCAGCUAGGGAAACAUUCCAGUCUCAAACCUGAUACUCAGACAGCUGUGGUACCAGAUAGAAUGUGGGAAUGUUUCACACUGUCAACUGCCUUCAAAUAUGUUUCCUGAAAGAAAAUGAGGAGAGAGUGCUGUAAUUAUUGCUUUGACAGCAGUGAUGCUCUGCUACAUGGGUUGGGUAUUUAUCUGUGGCACCGGUCAGUUGUGAGGACCUCAAUGAGCCCAUUUUCGAGCUUUUAGUACAGGCCAUUGAUUGAAUGACACGUUGAAGUAAAUAGAUACGAAGGCAUGACUAGCCUAAGCAUAUUUUAUUGUGAGCUAUUUCUGUGAAGGAGUCGAUAGGGAUCUAGAGACAGAUCAGGAAUAUAGUGAGGGAGGAGUGUGACUAUUCAGAGCUCUCUGUGGAUUUUUGUGAGUGUGUGUGUUGGGUAUGUACAGUGUGUAUGCACAUUAGUGUGUGUGUGUUGUGUAUAUAUAUAUGUGUGUGCAUUAGUGUUUGUGAGAGAUCUUUGAACACAUUUGCUGUCAUUAACUAAUUACUGUAGCCACCACCAAUAAUGUUUCCUUAUUUUACUGCUUUUUUGUCAAGUCUGUCAGCUGCGACAAUUUUUGAAGCUGAAACAUUUCACUCUUGCUGUGAUAGAAGCUUUAUUUUUAGCUGCGUCCAAUUUAAAUAUACAUCCCCUAUCCCUCA